CAAUCAAACCCUAAAAACCCUAAACUCUAUUUUUUCCAGAGCGUCUAUAAUGGAUGAAGGUAAAAUUGACCCAUCUUCUCCGUAUUACCUGGGCGCUGGUGAUCAACCCGGUAAUUGGAUUACUCACGUAGUCUUGAAGGGUGAGAAAAACUAUCUCGCGUGCUCUAGGGAAAUCACUUUGUCCUUAGGAUCUCAUAGGAAAUUUGUGUUUGUCGAUGGCACCAUCACCAAACCAACUGAGAAGAAGAAGCACCUGGAUUCGGUGACUGUAAACUCCAUGUUAGUUGCAUGGAUUAUGCGUACUACAUAUGAAAAAGUCGCAUCGACGGUUCCGUAUUUUGAUGAAGCCAAGAAACUGUGGGAUUAUCUGUCAAAGAGGUAUCGCAAGGCCAAUGGCCCUCGCCUCCAGCAACUACGGGCUGUGAUCACGGCUUGCAAACAGACCAAGGGCAUGUCACUCGAAGAAUAUUAUGCGACAUUGAUGGGUCUGUUCGAUGACCUAAACCAACUAAAGCCGCCUCACGGCUGCGAAUGCGGGCAAUGCACUUGUGAUAUCGCCGGGAAAUAUGGGUUGGAUAAGGAGGAGGAACGCCUGCAUCAAUUUUUAAUUGGUAUGGAUGAUGAUCUCUAUGCUGUCAUGAGGUCUAACCUUCUCUCACAGCAGCCUCUUUCCGGCUUGGAGCACGUCUAUGAGACGCUGCUGCAGGAGGAGAAUUCUCGUGGUAUUGCUCGGAGUACAAUCGAGUCUACAUACGACACUGCUCAUAUGUUUGCGGUGCACGCUGAUCGUGAAAAGGCCUUGGAUCGUCGCGACAAAACCAAGCUACACUGCUCUCACUUCCAGAAGAACGGGCAUGACAAUAGCUCUUGUUUCAAGCUACAUGGGUACCCGGAUUGGUGGCCGGAUAAGUCCCAUGUUGGUAAACCUCCUAGCUCGCGAGCAGCAGUCCCUACUGAGCGCACGAGGUCUCUGGUGCGCGCCAAUGCUGUUGGUACGGGGUCUGGGCAGGUGGGCAGUACUGCCACGUCAAGCAGCAGUCCAGACGUUGGCACUGGCACGGUGCAAGUCUCGUCGGCUGACCUCAAGCCAGAGCACAUUCAAGCACUCCUUAAUAUGGUAAACCAUUCUCCACAGGAUAAGAUGAUUGGACCAACGUUCGGGGAGCCUGAUUGGAGCCGGUGAACGCGUGGAUGGACUCUACUAUUUCCGGAGGCUUCCUACAGUAUGUGCGGUGACUGUCUCGGGUGUUUUUGAAUUCGAACUAUGGCAUAGAAGACUGGGGCAUCCGUCGGAAAAAGUAGUCAAGUUAAUUCCUGUUGUUAGUGCUAGUAGUGGUCGUAAAACUUUGAAUAAAGCAUGUGAUGUUUGUCCUCAGGCUAAAUAAUCUCGUAUUUAUUUCCCUAAUAGUGAUAGUCGAGCUAGUCGGAGUUUUGAGAUGAUACAUUGUGAUUUAUGGGGCCAUAUCGUACUCCCUCUAGUUGUGGUGCACAUUAUUUUUUAACAUUGGUUGAUGAUUAUUCAAGAGGUGUUUGGGUUUAUUUGUUGAAUGAUAAAACCGAAGU